CAGCAUUCUCCUCCCCAUCUCCUCUCUGCUACUUGCUUUGCCCGCAGUUCAGUUUUCUUUUUUAUUAUUAAAUUUUCCCCCAAUAAACGCCCGCGAAAAUGCCAUAACGCCUGUGAUCGGCCAAUCUCGUAAUGGUCAUCGUCAUUCUUUGCAGCGCGGCUAACAGCUUGCGCGUACAGAGGUUAAAAAAUAGAACAAGGAAUUAAGCACUUGUCGAAUCUAUCAAACUCAUUAUUUGUUCCCCUUUUUCUCCCCACUAUUCCUUUCUCUUUUUUACUUUCAGUUUCCUACAUUUUUUGAUCUCGGGGGGAGCAUUCUCUGUGGACAUCAUUACAUUUACCAAAGAGCGAAUAAGACAGCAAGGCUGCAAACAAACAAAUGUCGACUCGUGUUCAAAAAGUGAUGGUCAACCCCAUCAACGUCAUUUUCAAGUACCUCCAGACAAAGACGCGAGUUCAGGUCUGGCUGUACGAGCAGACCAGUUUGAGACUCGAGGGCCAAAUCCUAGGUUUCGACGAGUUUAUGAAUGUCGUUCUUGGCGAUGCGCAGGAGGUGCAUGUCAAAAAGAACACCAGAAAACCGCUUGGCCGGAUCAUGCUCAAGGGGGACAACAUUACGCUCAUCAGUGAGGCGCCCAGCCAGAACUAGAAGCGGGCAGGCGCGAAACAGAUAUAGUGUGACAUCAAUUAUUGCGAUGUCACGUGACAAUUGCAAUUGGGAAUUUGCGAUUGUUUAAAAUUGUGAUUGUUACGAUCGCGAUUUCUAUUUUCACGGGCGAUAGUUUCGAAUAGAUAAGCGGAGCUCUUUAAGCUCCCUUAUAGUGGAUUUUUAAUAAAAAUUAGUUAGUACGA